CUAAACCAAAGGGGUAUUAAAUUAACAAGCACCGACCCAUGUCUAGAGCGAUCGAUAAAAAGGUAUUUCGCAGCCGCACGGCUUCAGAAAAACGUUUGAUCCAAAUUCAAAGAGAAACAGAGGAAUCUCCGAAUCUUAUCCCAUCCAAGAGAUACCAUGCCGAAGAACAAGGGAAAGGGAGGAAAGAACAGGAAGAGAGGAAAGAACGAAGCCGACGACGAGAAGCGCGAGCUCAUCUUCAAAGAAGACGGACAAGAAUACGCGCAAGUCCUUCGCAUGCUCGGCAACGGAAGAUGCGAGUGCAUGUGCAUCGACGGCACCAAGCGUCUCUGCCACAUCCGCGGCAAGAUGCACAAGAAGGUCUGGAUCGCGGCGGGCGACAUCAUACUCGUUGGUCUGAGAGACUACCAGGACGACAAGGCUGACGUCAUUCUCAAGUACAUGUCUGACGAGGCGAGGCUUCUCAAGGCUUACGGUGAGCUUCCGGAGAACACUCGUCUCAACGAAGGUAUCGUUGGUGAUCUCGAAGAAGAUGAUGACAAUGACGCUGAAGAGUUUGUCCACUUUGAGGACGAGGAUAUUGAUAGGAUCUAAGGUGUUGUUUGGUUUUUUCUUUUCUGGCCUGUAUUGUCAAUUUGAGACGCCUGACUUUUUGAGUUUACAGAAGAAACAGGUGGUAAUACAUUAUUGUUGGAUACUUUUAUGUUCUUAGAUUGGUUUGGGUUAUUAGUUUCUUGUUGCAG